CUGACCAACAGAGCAUGACUCUUCAGUGGCAGUAUGGAUUCACCAAGUGACCCCUCAUCGUCAUAUAACUGAAAAAGUGUUGGCACUAGUCCCUGCAAGAAUGAAAGCAGAAAAUGAAUCCAGCUAAACAGUCAACAUUGUUUCAAACAUGGGCAAAAACAGGUAAAUCUGUAGUGCAGCAAUCCUCCAGUAGUGUCAGCUAUGGCAGCCCAGAAAUUGUGGGCUUGUGUGAUGGGGAUGAAGAGGAAGAUGAAUUAUUGGCCAGGGCUUUGGAGGAAAGUCUGCUGUAUGCACAUCCGGCAGGAACAGCUACAUCUACAUCUUCUCAUGGCGGGAAAGCUGUGCCAGAUAGUUCAAAACCAGCAUGCCAACCAAGCACCAGUGCAGGCGAGCAUAUGGAAUUGUCAGAAGACCUCAACAUUGCCUUGGACUCACAUAUGUUUGCAGCAGACUUUGAACCAUCCCAGAGUCUUUCUCAGAUUGAGGACAUCCCAGGUUUUGACAAAGUGGCGGGCAAGAUGUGGAUUUACCCAACCAAUUAUCCUCUACGGGAAUACCAGUAUAACAUUGUCAGUAAAGCCUUGUAUAAGAACACAAUGGUAACUCUGCCAACAGGCUUGGGAAAGACGUUUAUAGCUGCUGUUCUCAUGUAUAAUUUCUAUCGAUGGUACCCGCAAGGUAAAGUGGUUUUCAUGGCUCCCACUAAACCACUUGUGGCUCAGCAGAUAGAGGCCUGUUAUAACAUUAUGGGCAUUCCCCAAGAGGACACUGCGGAGAUGACAGGUACAAUGUCCCCUGCCGAAAGGCUGAAAGCUUGGAACUAUAAACGUGUGUUUUUCCUGACCCCUCAAGUUUUAACUAAUGAUCUCAGUCGAGGGGCAUGUCCAUCUGUCGACAUAAAAUGUCUAGUGAUUGAUGAGGCACAUAAGGCUCUGGGGAACCAUGCUUACUGCCAGGUUGUUAGGGAGUUGGUCAAGUAUACAAGGAACUUCAGGAUUCUGGCAUUGAGUGCAACACCUGGCAGUGAUAUUAAGGCAGUGCAGGAGGUUGUGGCUAAACUCUUAAUCUCCCAAAUAGAACUGAGGACUGAGGAGUCUAUAGAUAUCAAGCCGUAUGUCCACGACAGGAAUGUUGUCAAGAUUGUUGUCCCAUUAGGAAAGGAAUUAACAGCCAUUAAAGAGAAGUAUAUCAGGGUGAUGGAUGUCAUAGUGAAGCGGUUAACUCGCCAGAGAGUCCUGUAUAACAGGCAAACCACCAGUCUCUCCAAGUUCAUGAUUCUAAAGGCACGAGAAGCUUUCAGACAGAACCCCCCCCCAGAGCUACAGAGAACUCAGUAUGGUGCUAUAGAGGGUGACUUUGCUCUGGCUAUGAGCUUGUAUCACGGGUUUGAGUUGCUACAAUUGCACGGCCUUAAGUCUCUGUACACCUACUUGGAGGGUUUGUCAUCUGGGGAUAAAGGCUAUGGCAGAACUCGUACUGAACUCAAUAAGAAUGGUGACUUCCGUGAUCUCAUGGACAAUCUUCACAGCAAGUUUGCAAAUACAAACAGUGAUGAGAACCAGACAAAUCCAUUUGCCUUGUCUCAGCGACAGACACCAAAUCAUCCUUUUGUAUCAGGACACCCCAAAAUAGAGAAACUCAGAGAAGUGGUUCUUCAGCAUUUUGAGAAAUAUAAAGGAUCUUCCAGCACAAGGAUCAUGAUCUUUGCUCAGUAUCGGGACAGUGUGACAGAGAUAACCGACAUGCUUAGUCGUCACCGGCCUCUCGUUAAGGUGAUGAGUUUUAUCGGCCAGUCUUCUACAGGCAAGACAACUAAAGGGUUCACUCAGAAGGAGCAGCUUAAGGUGAUGAAGAAGUUCCGUGAGGGUGGUUACAACACGUUGGUGUCUACAUGUGUUGGGGAGGAGGGCCUGGAUAUAGGUGAUGUGGACCUGAUUGUCUGCUUUGAUGCCAGUAAGAGCCCAAUACGCCUGGUACAGAGGAUGGGGAGGACAGGGAGGAAGAGAGAGGGCAGUAUUGUCAUGCUGAUGACCGAGGGAAAGGAAGAACAGAUAUAUAACCAGAGUCAGUACAGUAAGAAGAGCAUACACAAGGCUAUACUGAAUGGUGCCAAGUCCCUGCAGUUCUACCCCCACAGCCCGUGCAUGAUCCCUGAAAACCUCAAGCCUCGCUGCCAUAAGAUGCACAUCACUGUACAGAAGGCCUUCAAAAGUACAGCCAAAGGAAGAGCAGCCAAUGAUGCCAACAAAGCUCAGAAAAAUUCAGGGAUGUUUGAUCAGCCCAGUAAGAAACCCCAUAAGAGUGAUGGCUUGCUGACAGAGGCAGAGCUACAAUAUUGGUCUGAGAACUUCAAACUGCCAGAUAACCAGGUACCCAAGUUACCUGAAAGUGACUUCAGGUGUUUUAAGAAGAAGAACCAGCCACAGAGUCUUCCUGAGGAUGACAUCAACGAGGACCUAGGUCCCCAGUUGAGGCUAUCUGAGUGGAUGCCAUGGCAGAACCGUAAACACACCACACACAAAAUUGACCACUCCCUGGACACAGAGCACCUUGUGGAGAUGAUGGAGUUCAUUGACGUACAACAAUCUCUCGGUGAAGAUGAUGACAGUUAUGGCAUGGAAAUGGCAGCUUAUCUGAAAACUGAAGACAUUGUAUGUGCAGAGAAAAAGACUGUAGAAAAUGUGGGAAUCAGGAAAUUCUCUUCAGCAAAUAAUACUGAAGAUAAUGGUGUAUUUGAAUGUAAGGAUUCAAAAUCAUCUCGAGGUCAUGUGAGACGGAGUGAAGCACUGUUUGCAGUUCUGUGUGAUUUGACAAAAAGUAGUAGUGAUGAAGGGUUACCUCCCUUCAUGGCAUCAUUUUCACAUUCCAAAGCUUUGGACACAAAAAUGGACACAAAUAACAAAGGUGUAUCACCUGAGGGAAUGAAUGGGGACAAGUUUAAGGAUGGAGAGUCUGUUUCAAUUCUAAAAACUUCUGUGUCCCCUGCAACUUUUAAAUUUGGUGAAGGAAAACUGGAGACUUUCACAGAAAAAUGUGCCAUGAAUAAUGGUCUGAAGCCAUCAGCAAAGGUUCAUUCUACUUCGGUGAAAUUUAGUAAACGGAAGAAGAAACGAGAAUCAGGAUCCAGUAGAACAGUAGUUGAAAUUAUACUGGAUGAUGAUGAUGAUGAUGAUUUUGCUGCUCCAGUAGAAGAUGGGCUGCGUGCUAUAACAGAGGAAAUGCCUGGUGGACUGAUAGAGGAGGCCAUGGAGGUAGAAAGAUUAGUACCUGAUAAGCAGCAAACUAAAUCUGAGGAAGAGAAGAAAGUGGCAUUUGACUUAGAAAUGGGCAGGCUGUCUCAGCUCCUCCCAGACGUAAUGUCAUUUAAUAAAGGGCUUAACUGCCCGGACUUUUUACACGGAAGCUACGAUAGGUCUGAUAAACCUAUAGCUACACCAGAUGAUCUGGCUAAGCAGAGAUACCGUGUGAGUAUUCCUUCACCACCACCAAUAGAGGAGAUAAGAGUAGCUUUCUCAAAGAUGGGAAGUGGCAAAUCUUUUCCUGAACUUGAUGUAGUUCAGCUUGUGGAUGAGUGGGAACAAGAAAAGUUAGAAGCAGGGCUAAAUCACAGUAAUACUAGAUCAUCUAGAGAAAGUCGGCUUUCACACAGGUUAUUUGAUACUCCCGUGAAAGUGAGGACAUGUGCCAGUCCUAGUAGAGUACGGGCAUUACUUAGAUGUGAGUUUGAUACUUCUGAUGGACCAUACAAAAACUUAGAGAAAAACUCUUCAGGGAAAAUGGACAAUGAUGAAAAUUUAAAUGACAUGUUUGAUCAACCAUUGUCAGAGGGACACUGUUUCAGUAUUAAUGAAUGGCAGCCAAGCAAAUCAGUUAUACCAUGCAAGAAAGAUUGUUUUGUGGAAAAUGAUGUCAGCAGUGGUGAUAUUCACGUGUUGAAUAAGUGCGGUGCUAAAGAUGAAUUCAGUCAGUGCUGUAGUGAUGGAACAGAAAACUGUGUUGAUUUACUUACAACAGCUUCUCAUCAAGUGGAUGAGAAAACUGUUCUCAGUAGUGAUUUGUUGCAUGAUGUGCCACCUAGCCCUUGGGACACUACUGGUUUGAAAAAUGGCAAACUUCAGACAGUACCAGAUGAGAUAGGUGCGUGCGAUUCCCAGGAAUGUUCUGACCACUCUCCAAUUUUAGAGGGAGAUCCAACUUAUACAAAGGAAUCCAAACCAGAGGCUUCUGCAGUGUGCGUAGAUCAGCAAGAGAUGUGUGAAGAUUAUGGAGAAUGGGACUUCACAGUGUCCGAUUUAGAAGAUGAUGUGGAAGCAGAAGGAGAAGAGGAUUUACCUGUGUCAGAAUGGCCUAAGUCACCUGUCAGUAAGCCUUAUUCGUUACCUUUUGAAAGGUAUGCCGAGCCAAAGAGUGCUGCUGUAACUCCAGUCAAACCUGUGAUUAUUAAACAGGCCAAUGAUCCUGACUUUGAUAACUGUUUUGAUCAAUCUGAUUUGUUUCUUCCUACAAUGAAUACUCCCGUGACUGUGUCCAAAGGUUCACACCUAAAGUCACCUGAUUCUGCCUGUAAACCCACUCCAGGUAAAACUCCUGCUGCUGGCCUGGAUGAGUCCCAUUUUACAUUCACACAGGCCCUGGCCUGCCUUCAUGAUAGUCCUGCUCCCACCCAUGCUUUCAGGCCAGAGUCACUGGGGAAAUCAGCGGUGAAUAAGGAGCCAGGGACAGAUGAUACUUUGGAUUCAAAGGCCGGCAUAAGCUUGUUGUCACCACCUUCUGACUGGGGCAGCAGUGACAAAGGAGACUUUGAGCUGGGUUUUAGCUGGGAUGAUGUGGAUGUGGUUCCCCCCUCACCUGUCCAUGACCAGUCCAUCUGUCAGAAACCAUCCAAGUGCAGUCAAAGUCUGGUGUUUGGAAAACGCAAAUUUCCAACCAUGGCCAAAGAAGACAUUACAGCAUCUUCUCACUGCCAUGUCGAUGCUAAUCCUGAUCAAUCAGAGCUUGAUGAUGUCUUUGCAAUCCCUUUUGAAGAAUCUGUUGUGUUCUCAAAGUCAGGUGCUACAUAUGAACCCUCUUCAAGAAAACUGAGCCCAGGAUCACCCCCAAGCGUGUCAAAGAAUGUCAGAGAGUUACAUGGAAACCCACGCGCACCCUCAACCAUAUUCAGGAAGGUCCCGGAGCUGCCUGGUAGUCCUGUGUUCACACCCUCAGCUUUUCUCUCAGCUAGAGUUGCCGAGACCAAAACAGUAGAGCAGGAUAACAGCAUUACUGACGAUGACGAUGAUUUUUGCGUCCUGAAAAGGAGCGGGCGGAAAGCCUCCAUCAUUGAUUCUCCAGCUGUAUCCUUCACACACACUGACAAAGCCCAGCUAUCACCUUCAAAACCAUUUGAAUUUAGAACACCAACCAGACCAAGUGAGAGAAUACCAGCAAUGCGACAGAAUAACAACUCACAUCCCAAGAAUUUGAUUUCCUCAAGUGAGUCUGAAGAUAGUCCAGUUGUGGUGAAGAGAAGGAAGUUUGGAGGAGUAGUAAAGUCCCGACGGUUGGGACUAUCACCCAGUGAGGGGAAGGACGAAGAGGAUGGGGACUUUGCAGACAGACCCAUGAAGAUGCUCAAUAGCCUUAAAAAGAAAGCUCCUACUGCCAAGCAGUAUAAAAAGAAGCGGUCUGCAGCAGCCUGUGCCUUCAUUGACCAUGAGGCAGAGUUAUCAGAGGAUGGAGCCAGUGAUGUGUCGGAUGAUGAAGUAGACAACAGUCAGAUGGACUCCAUCCUGCAGGACUUUAUCUACGAUGGAUCACAGCUCUUCCAUGCGUCACAGGCUGAAGAGCAUGUGGAUGAGACAGCAAUGUACCUGAGGUCUGUGAUGAGUCCCCGGGUGAAGGACCAUGACGGUGUGUACAGACGGGACAGAAGGCCACCUGUCAUGGAUGUGUACUCACAGAUCCCACAGGAGGAUUACUCUGAGUAUCUGGAGGAUAGCUUCUGUGUGUUGGAGGAUGAGGAGGAGUGGGGAACAGAUGAAAAUGACCCAGGAGAAAUCACAUGUUUCUACCUACCAAAGAAGCGCUCCAGAGAAAAGCCAAGGAAAAGGCGAGACAGACAUACUGCUGAACAGGAGAGAGGUGUUGGUAGGAAGAGGAUUGUGUGCCAGGCUGAUUCCUCCAGUGAGGAUGAUAUACACCAGAAGCCAGAUCUCAGCCUCAUGUUGACACAAGAAUUCUCAAGUAAACAGACGAAGAGGGCGAGGAUAGUCUCCAGCAGUGAGGAGGAUACGCGUGCUGAUUCCCGUGCUGAUCAGGAAGAUGUGAAUUGUCAUCAUUCUCAUGGGAAGCAAGAAGAUGAAUUAAGCCCACCUUUACUGAGUCUGAGAAGUCGCCUGCAGGCUGGGUCAAAUAGGAGACAAAGAGAAUCAAGUAUGAAUUUAUCUGUGAUAGAGAAAAAUCCCAGAGUGGAUACUAGGUCUGGGUGUGGGCAGUCCAUUAAUGAGAUUUCCUCAGAUGGGAAAGAUCUUGUUUUAUCCAGAACAAACCCAGAGAAUUGUAAAAUAUCUUGUGGAAAAAGUGCAAUAGAAACUCUGGGUUCUAAACCUGGUCUUAAAAAGUCACCUGACCUUGAACGUGAGGAAAGGCUGAGAAGACAAAGAGAAAAACAAGAAGAGUUCAGAAGGAAAAUGGCUGAGAAAAACAGAUCUGCUAUGUCUCUUAAGGGAGAUAACUCCAGGGCACGUGUGGAAGCCAUUUGUGAUGACAAGGAAGCAGAUAAUAACAAAACACUUUCUGUAGAUCAAGAAAAACUGGAUGCUAGAAAUUCACUAAGUGAGAAUGGGGAUAGCAACUUUACCAAACUGCUGAAUCCAUCGCUGAGAAUUAUGAAGAGUGAUCUCCCAUCAGAAAACUUUCUUGUCACUAACCCUUCAGUAAACAGAUUGCAAGAAAAGAAAAUCGUCAUUUUGGUGGAUUCAAGGGAGAUAACUGGUGGUCAGGAGGUGGUGUCCUGCCUAAGAGUCAGUCAUCAGUUUAAUGUGGCAGUCCGUCAGCUCUCUGGUUGUGACUACAUACUCAGCAACAGACUGGGUGUGGAGAGAAAACUGUGGGCAGAUUUUGCGAAUGGCUCUCACCGUGCCAAGUUACAGGAGAGGGUUCAAGAGAUGUGUACACUCUUUGAUCGACCAUGUUUGAUCAUAGAGAGAGAUAAGACAAAGCCAGGAGAAGAAAAAGUGGCCAGGCCACAAGUGAGGACGAAGUAUGUUGACACAACCCUUGCCUGGCUGGCUAAGUCAAGUGUACAGAUAUUUUUCACAGAGUCACAAGAGGAAUCCGCUGGGCUGCUGACAGACCUGUGCAAGUUGGAGGAGAGGAAAGGAAUGGCCAUCCGUGCGAAUCUAGAUCUCAACCCAUAUCAGCAACAGUGGCUGAACUUUUUCACCAACUUGCCACGGAUCAGUUACAUAAAUGCCCUAAACUUGUGUCACGGAUUUAAAAACCUCACAGAAUUAUGUAACAGUUCAAUCAGAGCUAUACAAACAAAAGGACAGCUCUCAGAAUCAAAAGCGAAGGCCGUGCGAGACAUGCUACAACAUCAUUUCUGCCUGACAAUGGUCCCUGCCAGCUCAAUGACAUAAGUACCAACUGAUGAAAUUUUCUUACGGAAAUGUAGUAAUAUUCUGUGGUAGCAUCUUGUGGAUAUGUGCAAAUGAGGGAGUAUGCCGGUCAUACAACCAGUUUCUCAGAU